CUCGCGAAAAACGUUUUCCUUCCACCCAUUUCAGUUCCUUCAAAGUAACCCCAACCAUCUCCUCCCCAUUUAUAACCUCAAACCAACCAAACAGAAAUCAGAGGCACAACCAAAAAAGCUACGAAAAAUCGAAAGGAAAAAAAAAAUGGAAGCCAAGGAUGAAGAAGCUCACCCUCUAUUAGUCAAGCAAUCAAAAUCACCAACCACAGAUCAAACCACCUUAAUACAAAAGGCCGUCACCCAAACAUUCAAGAGCACCGCGCAUCUCGCAAAUCUCCUCCCCACGGGCUCCGUGCUCGCUUUCCAACUCCUCUCUCCGACACUCAGCAAUCGAGGCCACUGCACCGAUGCAAACAAAACCAUGACAUCCUGCCUUCUCACGUUAUGUGGCCUCUCUUGCUUUGUUCUUAGUUUCAGCGAUAGCUUCAGAGAUGAUGAUGGAGAAGUUCACUAUGGUUUGGCUACGUUUAAAGGUUUAUGGGUCAUUGACGGAAAUAGGCCAUUGUCGCCUGAGAAAGCAGCGGGGUACAAGAUGAGGUUUGUAGAUUUUGUUCAUGCUUUUAUGUCGAUAUUGGUGUUUGCUGCGGUUGCUUUGUUUGAUCAGAAUGUGGUGUCAUGUUUCUAUCCGAUUCCUUCGGAGGAUGUGGAACAGGUUUUGAGCGCAUUGCCUGUCGCUAUUGGAGUUGUGAGUAGUAUGAUGUUUGUGACUUUUCCUACAACUCGCCAUGGUAUUGGCUUUCCGCUUUCAUCUCAUUGAGGGAUCUGGGCUGAGCCUAGAAUUAAUGUACAGAGUGUGAGAAGACAGAUUUUCAAUAGAAAAAUGUACCAAAAAUGAGCAUUAUUUGUUGGUUCUAAGUUGUAUUGGCGGAAAAGUAUCUGAAAGAGAGAGCAAGGUCCAAGAUGGGUUGCCUGCAAGAUAAUCCAGCUGAGGACCAAAACUUUAAUGAUUUAAUCUAAUUUCCUUGUGCUUGUAUCGGUUGUUUGGAAAGUGUAUAUGAUACGUAGAACAGAAGUAGAACAUCCAUGUCA